AUGUGGGAAUCGCGAAUAAUCAGCGAGGCUAUGUGCAACCCUCCGGUCGCUGCACGCCACCGGCUAGUCACGCCACGCCAGCGCACCGGCGCGCCCGCGCGCCCGCGUCAAAAUGUCCAUCGAAUAACCGAGAAAUUUUCUUUAUUACAGAACAAAGUCGAGUACUACGUGAAAUGGAAAGGCUGGAAGCCGAAGCACAACACCUGGGAGCCAGAAGAGAACAUUCUCGACCCGCGGCUUAUACAGAGUUUCGAGCGGGAAGAAGGACGGCGGCAAGGGCGCAAACGAGAACGAGAGCAUUCACCCGUCGAGCGAGCGCGCAGUGGUUCCGAGGAACGACAUCCGGCGCCAGGAAAACGCAAGGCGGAAGUCCUGAGGGAAUCGGGCAGGAUCGGUGUUACCAUAACCAUGAGUCCACCGGCAAAGAGACACGAUUCUACAAAAGUAAAUGGUGGAAGAACUCACACCCAACCUCCCCCGCCUGCGGCCCCUCCCGGCGGGCAAGCGGCGCCCGCGUCCCCCGCAGCCGAAGCCGCUGCCCCUAGAACUGGCCCGAGGAGAGCCCCUCACUCGCCGGAGGAAGCAGACGCACAUACUCCUCCCGAAAGAGAACGACGAACGGACACACAACCCACAGCCACGGCACCCGCGGAACCCAAAGGUGCGCGGCCCCCACCACCUGCACCUCAACCUGAAGAUGAAGACUCGUGGGGCGAAGCACCCGUUCCUGCGCCGAACCCACCUCCGCCUCCUCCCAGACGGGACGCGUCCUACUGGAUGAAGCGAUCUCCUGUCGCAGACCAAAUCUUUAUAACUGACGUCACAGUCAACCUUCAAACAGUAACGAUUAGAGAGUGCCGCACCGAGAAAGGGUUCUUUAGAUCGCGUGAAUGCCGGCCGCUCGAUAUAACG